UUUCUUCUACAUCUGCGCUCAGUGCCUGGGGGCCAUGGCAGGAGCCGCGGCCCUUUAUGGAGUUACACCCAACAACAUGAGAGGCACACUGGCACUUAACACGCUGCAGCCCGGCAUGAGUCUCGGCAUGGCGACUACAGUGGAGGUGUUUCUUACCUUGCAGUUGGUGGUUUGCGUUUUCGCCGUGACAGAUGAGAGACGAAACGGCCGUCUGGGUUCUGCCGCUCUGUCUAUUGGCUUCUUUAUCACCAUGGGCCACCUGAUGGGGAUGUACUACACUGGAGCUGGCAUGAACCCAGCUAGAUCUUUCGCUCCUGCUGUCAUCACGAGGAAUUUCAUCAACCACUGGGUGUACUGGGUGGGACCUAUGAUUGGUGGCGCUAUGGGUGCCAUCCUGUAUGAUUUCAUGCUGUUUCCCCGUAUGCGGGGUCUCUCCGAGCGGCUAGCCACUCUCAAGGGCAGCCGAUCCCCAGAGGACGAGAACCAGCAGGAGACCCGCGGGGAGCCCAUCGAGCUGAAGACUCAA